AUGGCCCCUUUAACCACAUAAGGGUCAUUUUUUCACAUUCAUACAUGCCUUAUCAGCGUGCAACACCCUGACAGUGAGGCACAGCUGUAGAAGACAGAGCUAAACACUUCUCACCACAGUUUUUUACUCACAUCUGAACGGAAGCGCUUGUGGAUUCUAGCAAAAACAAUUGCUGUUUAGUUCUUCCCAAACCAGCUGCCACUAUUUCACCUCCAUCAGUCAUGUAUAGCUCCAGCUAUUCCCGGGCCAAGUUUGGCCUGGAGGCAAGGGAGCCCCUGCACAAGCCCAAAGGGAAGAGCUGCGGCUACUACAUGAGGAUUGUCUUUUUUUUUUCCUCUCUGAUCCAGUCUCUGAUCAUCAUCAGCCUGGUGCUCUUCCUCAUCUAUGGACAGCCGGAGAAGUCUGCAGAGGAGAAGAGGGUCCAGGAGCUGGAGCUGAACUUCAACAGGCUGAGUGAGAGCAACAUCCAGCUGAGAAAGGAGAAAGGCGAAGUGGGAGCUGAGAAAGUGGCUCUGGAGACCGAGUUGGUGAAGGUGAAGAUUGAUGCUGAAAAAUCCCUACUUGCGUUUAAGAACAAUUUGUCCAGCUGUGAGCGAAUGAGUGCAACAUUGAGCGCAACAUUGAGCAUGAUGGCGCGUCGUCCCUCCGCUCCGUUCCAGGCCCCUCCCGUAUACACGCCUAGUGGUGAAAUGAAGACGUUGCAGACCCUCAACGCUCGGCAGAAAGCUAUGAUAAACCUCAUUGAGGCGAACUUCACCCAGACGGUUCAGUACCUGAGCCAGGAGAGAGACAACGCCCUCAAAGACCGAGACACACACCACCAGGAUGCCAUCACCCUGCGCAAGCAGAACGCCAUGCUGAAGGAGCAGCUCACCACCUACACCAAGAAGUGCAAAGAGGACUUUGCUCAAUCUUUGGAUGGGAUCAAAACCGUGACCAGCAAUUUCCUGAACAAGAUCAACAACCUGUUUCCCCACCAGCUGACCUUUCACCUCACCUGUGACAGCCAGCAGGACCAGAUGGAGAAGAUCAGAAACAGCUGCACAAACCUGUCCAGAGACGUGGAAAAUAAGUUCCAGCUGUAUUUAGACAAUGUCGGCAACAAGGUGUCUGAGAUCCAAGCAAAGUCCAGUCUUAUGGAGGUGCAAAACUCCCGCUUGACCUCCGAACUGCAGCAGUGUGAACACAAACACAGCGAGGCGGUCGCUGAGGCAGCCAAGCAGCUACAGCUCAAUCAAAAGACUCACGACAACCAGGUGGAGAAAUUACUGAUUGAGCAAAAACAGCUGAGAGAACAGAAAAAGCUGCAGGAAGACAGUUUGGCCCUGAGAGACAGAGAGCUUCAGACCCUCCAGCAAAUGCUCUCUGCUCAGCCCAAUGUCAAGUCCGGUGUUCCUAAAGCUGCCGGCCUACAGGCUUCUAUUGGAGCACCUGGCAUCAGUAAAACUCCAACGGUGAGAUGAAAUGAACCGGAAGAGUAAUGACAGAAAGCACACAUCAUGCGCCCCAUUUUUAAAGGACAUGUACAUAUUCCUGAUUCAAAACAACUUGUAAAUACGCUAAGUCUAUACCAAGGACAUAUUUACUGUUGUUGGCCUGUGCAUGCUUUUUAUUUUUUUUAGCUCUAGGUGAAUUAGAAUUAGUAUUUUACAUUUCCUGUUUGAUAGUUACAAUUGCUGUGAAUAGCCUUCCAAGGUAAAUGUACAAAUCUCCAUGACACUGGUGUAAAUAUUUUCUAUUGAGUGUCACUCUGUGUGGUUUCUGCUGUGAAGAAAAUCUUAUUUCAAAAUAAAUUUAAAUGAACCA